CCGACUUGUCUUUUUCACAGUUUUCGCACUAACAUCUAAAUUGUGAGGUGUUGUGUGGAACGUAACUUGUAAAGCUAAGGGGAGUACACGCGGAUUGUCGACGUUUGCGACCUGAUGGUCUUGAAGAGAGAUGGAGAAGGACAAGAGAGAUCUCAUGGGUGUAUUAUUGUAAAUUAUUUCUAAUAAGCACUUUUCCAACUUAUUAGUUAUUUAUAGGUUCCUCCACUUGGUAGAAAUCUAUUACCGCCAUCAGGUAGAAAAUCAAAAUGCACGCGGCAAUAUUAGUUUAUUCCAUCAUUGGGCACUUGUCAUACUUUGCUGUAAAAGCGGAGCAGGUCAUAUUCCUUGCCUCGAACGGCGCAACCCGAGGAAAUGCAAAGAGCUUGGGACGAUUCCACAAACACGUAGAUACAUAUUUGGACGUCUCGGCAAAGUUAACUCACUUGGUUGAAAGACAGGGUGGUUGUGUUCUAGCAUGCUUACGAAAUUCUUCAUGUUUUUCAUUGAACAUGGCCAAACGACCAGAUAGCAGUUCAAAGUAUUUAUGUGAGGUUCUAGGAACCGACAUCUAUAACUCAUCGAGUAAAAUACAGAACAACAACAACUGGAUUCACUACAGCAUUGAUACCCAGUGCUUUGACAAACCUUGCCUGAAUGGAGGCACCUGCCAACCGCUUUACCAAGACAGUAAUUACACAUGCACGUGCACCCCUGAAUACACAGGAAGGCAUUGCGAUGUUUGUAUUUUUUCGUUGGGUAUGGACAACAAAAGAAGAAUCGCUGACUCACAGAUCACAGCAUCAUCCGUUGCAACCUCCUAUUGGUCUCCUGUCUACGGGCGUCUUUACCAACUAAACAUCGGAAACACUGCGUUUGGUGGAUGGGGUCCAAGCACAUCUCAAGUCGGCGAAUAUCUACAGGUUGAUUUGCUGAGUGUCAUGAAGAUCAACAAAGUGGCGACCCAGGGGCAACCUACUAAAAAUAUCAAUGGUCAAGAACCCGAACCCAGCAUGAAUAACUGGGUGACCCGCUACGGACUCAGCUACGCCUCGGAUGGAGUCACCUGGACAACCUACCCACACGAAUUCACUGGUAAUUCUGACCGUGACACGGUAGUGUCGCACGUUCUUCCGGUCACCAUUCAGGCCAGGUACAUCCGGUUUUUGCCAAAGAACUGGCAUGGUCAAAUCGCCCUGAGAGCUGAACUGUUUGGGUGCGAUACAGUUUGCCUUACACCUUUGGGAAUGCAAAGCAAAGGGAUCGCCAACGCGCAGAUCACAGCAUCAUCCUUUGCACCAGUCUUCUCGGCUCCUAUUUACGGGCGUCUACACCAACUAAACAUCCCCAGCGUCGCAUAUGGUGCAUGGAUUCCAAGCACAUCUCAAGUCGGCGAAUACCUGCAGGUUGAUUUGCUGAGUGUCAUGAAGAUCAACAAAGUGGCGACCCAGGGGCAACCUACUAAAAAUAUCAAUGGUGAGCUAACUGAACCCAGCAUGAAUAACUGGGUGACCCGCUACGGACUCAGCUACGCCUCGGAUGGAGUCACCUGGGCAACCUACCCACACGUAUUCACUGGUAAUUCUGACCGUGACACGGUGGUAUCGAACGUUCUUCCGGUCACCAUACAGGCCAGGUACAUCCGGUUUUUGCCGCAGAACUGGCAUGGUCAAAUCGCCCUUAGAGUUGAGCUGUUUGGGUGUUUUAUCCAUGAAUAGUUUAAUUUCAUAAGUAUCCGGGGAUAACAUAACUAAAAAUUACUGACCCUUUUUAAAAUGCUAAUCUCGCACUUUAUAGGCGCCACCGUUCUUAUGCUAUCAUUUCGUUGCACGAACGCCAUUACCUGAUCACUGUAGUUUAAGUUGAGUUUCAAGAUUAAGGAUGAAUAUGUAUAAAUUGUACGAUUGCUUGACGUUAACAACGACUUUUUUUGGCAUGGGCACGUAAGAAUGUGUAGUUCCAUAAAACAUCCCAUACCCCCCCCCCUUUUGAGGGGGUCGGAAGUAUGAGCACCCACCCCCCGGAAUUUCCCAUCCCCUCAAUGGGGGGUAUGGGUAUUUUCUGGAACUACACAAUAUUGAGAAUGUAACUAAAAAUUUAUCAAUCUACCAAAUGCUAAAAUUACAAUGGCUUACCCAAAAACAGUCACUUUGCCGGGAUGACAAAAUGGCGACUGACUCUCUUCCCCUAGUAAAUAAAUAAGCCAAUCAGAGCGCGCCCCACUAGAAUAAAGUAUAAAAUGUAACUAAAAAGUUCUCGUAGCCUCUAAUGAACCUUAUAAGAUUAGGCUCUCAGUAUAUAUAUUCUACCAAAUGCUAAUAAGUAUUUGAUAUAAAUUAAAUUAAAUUAAUUGUAUAAAAUUAUUUAACUAUUUCUAGUAGUUUGCUUUCUAAAUAUGGUCAGUUGACAAAUUUUUCACCCAUGUAUCUUCAAUGUAACGAAUGGAGGCUGACUUGAUUAGCAGCGACUUUUUUUGCAUGCGCGAAAAAAAUAGACAGUAGAUAAAAAAGCAAUAAAAUUAUAUUCAUUCUC